CCAUGUCCAAGACCACAGAGCCACAGACACAAACCGUAUCCAGUCGGCAGAGAUGUCCGCUGGCCAGAGGGCUGGAGAGUGUGGCUCCUCUUGUGAGCACUGUGGAGGAAACACCUGAUCCCAUCCCCACCAACAUCAAGGGGACAGUUCCAACAUGGAUCAAUGGGAGUUUCCUAAGAAAUGGACCUGGGAAGUUUGAGUUUGGGAAAGACAAAUAUACCCACUGGUUUGACGGCAUGGCCAUGAUGCACCGCUUUCACAUCUGUGACGGAAACGUCACCUACAGCAGCCGCUUCCUGCGAAGUGACUCAUACGUUAAAAACUCAGAGAAGAACCGCAUCGUGGUGUCAGAGUUCGGCACACUGGCCAUGCCUGAUCCCUGCAAGAACAUCUUUGCACGCUUCUUCUCACGCUUUCAGAUUCCUAAGGCCACCGAUAACGCCAGCGUGAACUUUGUCAAGUACAAAGGAGACUAUUAUGUCAGCACUGAAACAAACUAUAUGAGACGAGUGGACCCUCAGAGCCUGGAGACGAAGGAGAAGGUGGACUGGAGUCAAUACAUCGCAGUCAACUCGGCCACAGCUCACCCACACUAUGACAGCGAAGGCGCGACUUACAACAUGGGCAACUCCUACGGCAAAGGAGGUUUCUUCUACAACAUCAUCCGUGUGCCCCCACCUGCGGAGGAGAAAGCAGCAACAGAGGACUCUGCAGACUUGAAUGGAGCCAAAGUGAUCUGCUCCAUCCGUGCAGCUGAGCCCAGAAAGCCUUCCUAUUAUCACAGCUUUGUCAUGUCCGAGAACUACAUUGUUUUCAUUGAGCAGCCGAUCAAGCUGGACCUGCUGAAGUUCAUGCUGUACAGAAUCCAGGGCAAAAGCUUUCAUAAAGUCAUGACCUGGGAGCCUCAGUACGAAACUGUCUUCCACUUGGUCAACAGGCACACGGGCAAGGAGAGUAAAGUGACGUACCGUGCAGCAGCCAUGUUCACACUGCAUCAGAUAAACGCUUACGAGGACAAUGGGUGCUUGGUGAUGGACAUGUGCUGCGGGGACGACGGUGAGGUCAUUGGAGACUUUACACUUGAGAACCUGCGCAGAGGCUCUGGAGAGGAAAUGGACAAGUUCUACAAUGCACUGUGCAGAAACCUCCCAAGGAGAUAUGCCCUGCCCCUGAAUGUGGACGAAAAGACUCCUCUGGACCAGAACCUUGUCAAUCUGAGUUACUGCAAAGCCACGGCAAAGCUCACAAAACCAGGACAGGUUUACAUGACCCACGAGGAGCUUCACGAUGACGAGCUGCUACAGUACGGCGGCCUUGAGUUCCCUCAGAUCAACUAUGACAAGCACAAUGGCAGACCUUACCGCUACUUCUACUCCUGUGGCUUCGGACACGUCUUCAGCGACUCCCUCCUUAAAAUGGACGUCCACACCAAGGAGCUUAAGGUGUGGCGUUAUCCUGGCUUGUUCCCGUCUGAGCCCGUCUUUGUUGCUUCCCCCAAUGCGACUGAGGAAGAUGAUGGAGUAGUGUUGUCUGUCAUCAUCACACCCAGAGAGGAAAAAAGUACUUUCCUGCUCGUCCUGGAUGCUAAAACUUUCACUGAGCUGGGCAGAGCAGAGGUUCCUGUCAACAUCCCAUAUGGGACCCACGGAGUGUUUAAUGUGAUGGGAUAGACGUGUCACUGCUCUGCAGAAAAUCACAGAAAUUGAACCAGCAACCGGUUCUUUAAUCCACUGGAUAGAAAAUCCCAGUUGAAGCCAAUGUCUGUAAAAGUCCCUGAGCUGUGAAAAGAAAAAAGAGAAGAGAUA